CCCACCGAUGCGGUGGCCGUCGUCCGCCGCGCUGCUGGUGGCGCUGGUCACGGUGGUCGCGGUGGUCACUGUGACGGCGGCGUUCGACUGUCCGUCUGUGUGCACGUGCGGGUAUGCUGGUGACCAGCGGGAGUACGCGUGCGAGCUGCCGUCCGGGAAUGUGACCAUCACCGCGGUGGUCAACAGCCACGCAGACCUCACCUGCACAGGCGGCGUGCUGCGGUGCUCGGAGCUGCCCUUCAUAUCAGUGGCGAGGAAUGGCUCCCUCAGCAGCUUCAGCGUGUCGCAGUGCGAGCUGGCGGAGCCGAUGCGGUGCGUGCUGGCCGCGCUCGGGGCCUCGGACGCGGCCGGGCUCAUGGUGCGGGCCGCCACCAACGCGCUGCGGGCCCACCACGUGGCCGGGCUGGACGGGCUGCGCACUCUCAGGCUAGUCGACGCGGCUGCGCAGUCGUCCGUGCCGUACGACGUCCUCCGCUCGCUGCCGUCGCUCACCGACUUCCGCCUGCGCGGCGCGGAGCUGACGCUGUCGGCGGCGGGGUUCGGCGACGUGGGCCGCCUGCAGCACGUGGAGCUGUCCAGCGACCGCAUACUACACCUGCCGCCCGCCGCCUUCACUGGACUGGAACACCUGCCGCAGCUGCACCUCUGGGACAACCGAAUAGAGAGCUUCGACCCGGAAGCCUUCCGAGGUUUGGAGUCACUGGAACGUCUGGACUUGAGUCGCAACCGCCUGCGAGCGCUGCCCACCGGCGGCUUCAUGCACACGCCCAGACUGAAGCAGCUCACGUUCUUCGCCAACCCCCUGCAGGAGAUAGCGCCUGACGCCUUCACUGGACUCCAGUCGCUGGAGAAGCUGAUAUCGUUCGACAACCGCGCCGACCUCAAGCUCAGUCCCCGAGCACUCGCCAACCUUCCGGCGCUGGUGAGCGUCCGCCUCACCAAGUGCAGGAUCUACCACCUGUCCCCCGACACCUUCCACAACUCCUCCUCCAUCACGAGCCUCCAACUCGGCGGGAACAGCAUCAGCGACCUGCCCGCCGGACUGUUCAGGGACCAAUCCAAACUGGAGUCCCUGCUGCUGAAUGAUAAUAAGAUCCAGUCGCUGAGGCCCGACGUGUUCUGGCCUCUGAAGCAGUUGAAAGAGUUGAGUUUGGAUAAGAAUCUCAUUGAAGUUCUCCCGGGACAACUGUUCUCGGGACUGACGCGACUGAAAUCAAUCAGAAUGACGAGCAACAGACUGACACAGAUAGCCCCCGACGCGUUCAUAGACGCCAUCGCCCUGGAGGCCGUGCACCUCGCCAACAACUCGCUCACCCUGCGACCCCCGGGGCUGGAACCCGGCCACAACGUCUCCACCUACGAGGAGUUCGAGCAGCAGUCGCCGUUCAGUUCGCUGCUGCAGUUGAAGGAACUGGAUCUGAGCAGGAACGCCAUCUCGAUCAUAUUCAGCGACUGGAGGUUCGUGCUGCUCAAUCUGAAGAAGCUGAACUUGGCCUGGAACCGCAUCCGAGAACUGACCGGUGCUGACAUUCAGUUCCUGGGCUCCGAGGUGGUCAUAGACCUCCGUCACAACAACAUCACUACCGUGGAGGUGAUGGACAUGCCCUCUUACCUCGCGGCUACCACCACCUCCGUCACCGAGUCCAAAGUGCUGCUCGACGACAACCCGUUCAAUUGCGACUGCAACAUGUACUCCUUCAUCAGACGUCUGCGAGGUCUCUCCGCAGCGGUCACGGCGGAACCUACGUUCGUACCUGACGACGCUCGCUGCGCCGCCCCCGGCGCCCUCGAGGGUCGCUCCAUAGCCGCGCUGCAGCCGGACGUGCUCACUUGCGAGCUGCCGUCGGACCACUGUCCCGACGACUGCUCCUGCGACUUGCGACCGGCCGCGAGCUCGCUGGAGUUGAGCUGCCUCGCGCUGCCCGAGCUGCCGGACCCCGCCUCGUACGGGAUGGCGAGCACGCGGCUGCGACUGCUGCGGCCGCCGCCCGACCUGUCCGCCCUGUCCGCCCUGCCGCACCACGUCACCGCCUUGAACCUCAGCGGCGCCGGCCUGACGCGCGCGCCCCCGGUGCCCUCCACCGUGAGGGAGCUGGACCUGUCCCGCAACCUGCUCGCGAGCGUGCCGCCGGACCUGCUGCGGGCCGACACCACGCUGCGGCUGGCCGACAACCCGCUCGGCUGCGACUGCGAGCACGCGGCCGAGCUGGCCGCGCUGCAGGCGGCGGCGGCGAGCGUGGCGGACGCGGCGCGCGUGCGGUGCGGCGGCGGCGGCGGGGAGUCCCCGUGGGCGGCGGACGCGCGGCGCGCGUGCGCGGUGCGGCGCGCGGCGGCGCUGGGCGGCGCGCUGGCGGCGCUGGGCGCGGCGCUGGCGCUGGCCGCCGCCGCCGCCUGCCGGUACGCGGACCGGCUCAAGGUGCUCGCGUACUCGCGCGGCUGGCUGCGCUGGAUGCUGCGCGAGGAGGACGCCGACCGCGACAAGGAGUACGACGCGUUCGUCUCGUUCUCCCACAAGGACGCGCGGUUCGUGGCCGAGCGCCUGGUGCCCGCGCUGGAGGGCGGCCCGCGCCCCCUGCGGCUGUGUCUGCACUACCGGGACUGGGUGGUGGGCGAGUGGAUCCCGGCGCAGAUCGCCAGCUCCGUGGAGAAGUCGCGCCGCACGAUCGUGGUGCUGUCCGAGCACUUCGUGGACUCGGUGUGGGGCAAGAUGGAGUUCCGGGUGGCGCACCAGAGCGCGCAGAAGGAGAAGCGCUCCAGGGUGGUGGUGGUGCUGCUGGAGGACGCGCCGCCCGCGGACCGGCUCGACGCCGAGCUGCGCGCCUACCUCGACACCAACACCUACGUCAAGUGGGGCGACCCCUGGUUCUGGGAGAAGAUGAACUACGCCCUGGCCGGGAGGAGGGUGGACGAGAAGGCGGCGAAGCGAGCCAGACUCGUCGGAGAGAAGAUCACCCGGGGAGGACUGAACGCGAGGAUCAACAGCGAGGGCAAGCUCGUCAACGACAACCAGACCGAGAACGUGACGGUCACACCGCCCUGCUUGUGAUCGUAACUUGAACUCUAUGCGGAUGUUAUUAGAUGCCGAUUCCCGUGUCACUCGAUUUUACUCACGACUUCACGAGGUGAGCGUGGAGUAGACGCGGAGGUUCGGGUAGUACAAAUGUUAAAGCAAUGUAGACUUUAUUUAUACAUUUUAAGUCAUAUAUUAGAACGAGUCAGUGGAUGUUGUAGCUGUGUUUAGGUUUCAUUGUUAUGCUUUAAAUACAUAUCGAUAUAACUUUGUAUGAGCCAAGACUUUACUAUAUUUAAUAGUUU